AUGAGACUUGAGUUGGUUUCUUUGACAGCGGCUUUGGGCUCAUCUGCUCAUGCUGCCGUUGCUGGAGAGAAACGCCUGAACAAUGGUCUCGGAAUUAAACCUGCGCUGGGAUGGAAUAGUUGGAAUGCUGGCCAAUGCAAUGCCGCAUCCGCCAAGUUUGCCCUUGACACCGCAAACAAGUUCGUCUCCUUGGGCCUCAAGGAUCUCGGCUACGAGUACAUUGUCAUCGACGACUGCUGGAGCACCAAGUCGCGUAACUCCUCAGGCUACCUCGUCCCAGACCCUUCAAAGUGGCCCAAUGGUAUCAAGGCGGUGUCGGACCAGAUCCACAGUAUGGGCCUCAAGUUCGGUCUAUAUGGCUGCGCCGGCACAAUGACUUGCGCUGGUUACCCAGGUUCCGAGGGACACGAGGUUCAGGACGCAAAGACGUUGGCAAGCUGGGGGGUCGACUACUGGAAAUAUGAUAAUUGCUACACGCCAUGUAACGGGGGGAGGGUGCAGACCUGCGGGUCGCCAAUCGGGAACACGCGGACUUGGAUGACCACUAUGGGAAAUGCACUCCAACAGAGCGGUCGAAACAUCUUCUACAAUCUUUGCCAGUGGGGUAGGGACAGUGUUUGGACAUGGGGUGCCAGUGUGGGCAACACAUGGAGGAUGAGCACGGAUAACUGGAACGACUGGGCUAGUGUUGUCCGGAUUGCGAGCGCCGCGGCGGGAAUCAGCCAAUACUCAGGUCCCGGAGGCUUCAAUGACUUAGAUAUGAUGCAAGUUGGCAACGGGAAGUUGACUCCCGCGGAGGAAAAGACCCACUUUGGGCUGUGGGCCAUGUGCAAGUCUCCAAUCGUCCUGGGCAACGACCUGAGCAAGAUCUCAAGCGCUACUUUGGCUAUCGUGAAGAACAAGGAUCUACUUGCGAUUAACCAAGACUCGCUUGGCAAGGCCGCGACUACGUUCAGGCCUUCCGGAGCUGCCGCACCCGUCUCUGGACAGCUUUACCCCUACUGGGCCGGACCCCUAAGCGACGGCGUUGUCGUUGGUUUGACCGCCGCCAAUGGGGCGGCGACUCUGUCUGUUAACUUUAAGGACGUACCUGGGCUCGGCUCUGGAAGCUACAGCUGGAAGGAGCUCUACUCCGGCCAGACUGGGACUGGCACUAGCGUGUCAUUUAAUCUUGCCUCUCACGAUAUGGUUGUGUUGAAGGUCAAGACGAGCUAAGCGGAUUGGUUCGGCUUCACUCCCACAUGAGCGCGGCCGUGGACAAUGUAGUUGUAUGC